AUGAACUUUCGAGAUUUUAAAGCUGCAAGACACUAUCACAUCUUCAGGAAUGUGAACAUACGGAGUGACUACAAACUGUUAACGAUAAUGGUAAUAGGUACCGUGGCAACCGGCCUGGUGCCGGCAAUUACUUCUAUCCUGACGGGUAGAGUGUUCGAUUUACUCUCAGUGUUCGUGAUUAGUGGGUCACACCAUGUUUUAUAUCCACAGCUAGUACGAAGGUCAAUGGCAGUGAUGGCACUUGGUGUGGCUUCUGUGCCAGUCAUGUGGCUUUCUCUAACAAGUUGGAUGCACAUCGGCGAGAGACAAGGCUUUAGAAUACGGUCGCAAAUAUUGGAGGCAUAUUUGGAGAAAAAGCCAAUGGAAUGGUAUGACACUAACGAAGAAUUAUUGGGAGAUUUCACUCAGAUCAACAGAUGUGUGGAAGAGCUGAGAUCGAGCUCCGCAGAGGCAUCUGCCAUAACUUUCCAGAACCUAGUUGCAAUAUGUGCGCUUCUAGGAACGUCAUUCUACUAUUCCUGGUCACUAACUCUAAUUAUCCUUUGUAGCUCUCCAAUAAUCACUUUUUCUGCUGUAUUAUUUUCCAGAAUGAUUCAUAUGUACUCAGAGAAGGAGAAUUCAGAAACGAGUAAAGCAGCCCAAUUAUUCACAUGGUCGAUGAAUGCUGCUCAAUUGGUGAGACUAUAUUGUACCCAACCUUUGGAAAGAAAAAAUUUUCGAGAAAUUAUCCUGAAUUGUAACACUUUCUUCAUCAGAAGUUGCUUUUUUGUCGCUGCAAACGCUGGGAUCUUGAGGUUUUUGACCUUGACUAUGUUUGUACAAGGAUUCUGGUUUGGCUCCGCAAUGAUUAAAAAGGGCAAAUUGAACAUUAACGAUGUAAUCACUUGCUUUCACUCAUGCAUUAUGCUGGGCUCGACGCUAAAUAAUACUCUACAUCAAAUCGUUGUUCUUCAAAAAGGUGAAGUGGCUUUGCGGAAAAUACUGACUCUAUUAGAAGAUGGGCCCAAGCGAAAUCCUUUGAAUAAGAUUGUAGCCCCCCAGUAUCCAUUAGAAUAUGCCACUAGUGAUCUAACUUUUGACAACGUUUCGUUUUCAUAUCCAAGCAGACCUUCUGAAACUGUUCUGGAAAACGUUAAUUUAAAUUUCCCUGCAGGCCGAUUUACUUUUAUAGUAGGGAAAUCAGGUUCAGGUAAAUCCACAUUAUCCAACUUAUUAUUAAAGUUUUACGAUGGCUAUGAUGGGUCGAUAUCCAUCAAUGGCCGCAAUAUCCAAACCAUCGACCGAAAACUGCUAAUUGAAAAUAUCACCGUCGUAGAACAGCGCUGCACCCUAUUUAAUGAUACUCUUCGAAACAAUAUUCUUUUAGGUUCAACAGAUUCGAUAAGAAAUGCCGAUUACAGCACCAGUGAAAAUAGAGACUUGAUCAAGGAUGCCUGCAGGAUGGCUCUUCUUGACAGGCUUAUUUUAGAUCUACCCAAUGGACUAGAAACAUUAAUUGGGAGUGGAGGCAUUACACUUAGUGGCGGGCAACAACAAAGAGUUGCUAUAGCACGUGCCUUCAUUAGAGAUACUCCAAUAUUGUUCUUAGACGAAGCUGUGUCGGCUCUAGAUAUUGUUCAUCGCAAUCUGUUGAUGAAGGCGAUUCGACAUUGGAGGAAAGGAAAGACUACAAUCAUAUCAACGCAUGAAUUGGGCCAAAUCGAGUCUGAUGAUUAUUUGUACUUAAUGAAGGAGGGAAAAAUUGUUGAAAGCGGUAUCCAGUCUGAACUUUUAUCGGAUCCGACCACUACAUUUAGCACAUGGUAUCACCUACAGAAUGACUAUUCUGACGCGAAAACUAUUGUAAAUACAGAGAUUGAAGAAAAAUCCAUACAAACUGUGGAAAGUGUUAAUUCUCAACUGGAAACUCCCAAAUUCGAAGCAGGCCUAAGUAAUCUGGGAUAUGAUGAGGCAGAUCAGCUGUCCUUUUACGAAGCAAUCUAUCAGAAAAGAUCAAACUGUAAAACAAGACGAAUUAAGAUCGAAGAGGAAAAUACCGAAUAUGUGCUAGAACAACAAAACAACAUCGAAAGUGCAACAGGACCACAACUUCUGAGCAUUAUUCAAAUAAUCAGGAGAAUGAUCAAAAGUAUAAGAUACAAAAAAACUCUGAUUUUAGGGCUGCUAUGUUCUUUUAUCGCAGGUGCCACAAAUCCUGUCUUUUCAUAUACAUUCAGUUUCUUGUUAGAAGGAAUUGUUCCACUCACGGAUGGGGAUACUGGCUCUUCAUACUAUUUAGCGAAAUGGUCGUUCGUUGUUCUUGGCGUGGCUGCGGCAGAUGGUAUUUUUAAUUUUGCUAAAGGAUUUCUAUUAGGUUACUGCAGUGAAUACUGGAUUAUGGAUCUUAGGAACGAAGUUAUGGAAAAGCUAACGAGAAAGAAUAUGAACUGGUUUUCUGGUGAAAACAACAAAGCUUCUGAAAUUUCCGCUUUAGUAUUGAAUGAUCUCAGAGAUUUGAGAUCUUUGGUCUCUGAAUUUUUAAGUGCAAUGACUAGUUUCAUUACUGUAUCAACUAUUGGGUUAAUUUGGGCAUUAGUAUCGGGUUGGAAGUUAAGUUUGGUUUGUAUUUCAAUGUUUCCGCUAAUAAUAAUAUUUUCAGCCAUAUAUGGCGGUAUUUUACAGAAAUAUGAAACGGAUUAUAAAACAUCUGUCGCACAGUUAGAAAAUUGCUUGUACCAGAUUGUCACUAGCAUUAAAACUAUUAAGUGUUUACAGGCUGAAUUUCAUUUCCAAAUGUCCUACCAUGAGUUAAAAAUCAAAAUGCAACAAAUUGCUUCCAAACGUGCCAUUGCCACAGGGUUCGGUAUAUCUAUGACAAACAUGAUUGCCAUGUGUAUUCAAGCUAUUCUUUACUAUUAUGGAUUAAAGCUGGUUAUGAUUCACGAGUACACCUCAAAGAAAAUGUUUGCGACCUUCACUUUGUUAUUAUUCACUAUUAUGUCGUGCACUAGUCUGGUAAGUCAGAUCCCUGACAUCAGUAGAGGCCAACGUGCUGCCAGUUUUAUAUAUAGGAUUCUCGAUGAAAAACGGGACACCUUAGAAGUUGAAAACAAUAAUGCUAGAGUAAUAGGCAUAGCUGGUCGCACAUACUAUGAAAAGGAAAAAAUACCAAUCGUUUCAAUACAAAAUCUGACAUUCGCCUAUCCAUCUGCACCCACCGCCUUUGUUUAUAAACACAUGAAACUUGACAUGUUUUGUGGACAGACAUUAGGUAUUAUUGGUGAAUCAGGCUCAGGAAAAUCUACACUUGUACUUUUACUGACAAGACUCUAUGAUUGUGAAAUAGGCAAAAUUAAAAUAGACGGCACGGACGUAAAUGACUGGAAUUUGACAAGUUUAAGAGGAGAAAUUUCGGUGGUUGAGCAAAAACCUUUAUUAUUCAAUGGAACCAUUAGAGAUAACUUAACGUAUGGUUGUCUGGGCGAAAUACCUGAGAUUGAAAUGUAUGACGCAUUAAAAUAUGUGGGAAUCUAUGACUUCGUAACCUCAUCAUUUCAGGGCUUGGAUACACGUAUUGAUACAACCUUAUUGUCAGGUGGACAAGCGCAAAGGCUCUGCAUAGCCCGAGCACUUCUAAGAAAAUCAAAAAUUCUGAUUUUAGAUGAAUGUACUUCAGCUUUGGAUUCUGUCAGCUCCUGUAUCAUCAACGAGAUCGUCAAGAAAGGACCGCCCGCUCUACUAACAAUCGUUAUAACGCACAACGAACAAAUGAUGAGGUCUUGUAACUCAAUUGCCGUUUUUAAAGAUGGUAAGGUAGUUGAGCAAGGAAACUUCGACGCUUUAUAUAAUAAUCGUGGGGAAUUAUUUCGGAUCGUUUCCAACCGAAGUAGUUGA